UUCCCGCCCCCCGGAGCCAUCGAGGAAGGUGGUCUACCGUGCUCCGUACUGCACAGAGUACACGGUUGUAUACAGGCUGGCUGCCUCCAACUUCAUUGGCCCUCACUUCUCUACUGCACACUUCACACUAGCUGUUGUAACAACACCACGACACCACCACCACCACCACCUCCUCUACCUCUACCUCCACCGCCGCCGCCGCCGCCGCAGAGAUAUUCACCCUCUCCCGCCUGGACGACGCCCGACCACGCACGCCUUCGCACCCGCCCACGCCCUGCUGCGCUGUCGGCCAUGAAAGUUCAUUACUCGCUACAACAAUUUAAUGUCGAAUCUAUAUGAAGCAAUCCGCGCUCGCGGCUUGUACCCUCGUCACUCCCUCCUUGCGCCCGUCCCGACUCGAUAAACCGCCUCGCACCCGUGCCUCUCGCCUCGCCGUCCGACCCGUCCGGCCCGUCCAGCGCCGACCCAAGCUUCCCAACAAUCAGCUGCUUCUCGGUCACCUGCGGAUCCAAUGUCGUGGGACCUCCUCCAGAGGUUCUUUGACAGCGACGUCUUCAACCAGAACCCCUUUCUCUCCGUCUCCUACCUAACCCGAUACGCCGACCACGUUGGGAUCCACUAUGUCCUCUGCAACAAGCUGCGCCAGUUCCCCUACGAGGAUGUCGAGUUCUUCCUCCCCGAGCUGUGCCACCUCGUAAUCAGCGUCAACAAUGAGUCCAUGGCACUGGAGGAGUUCCUGCUGGAUCUCUGCGAGGAAUCCGUCUCCGGCGCUCUCCUGGCCUUCUGGCUGUUCCAGAGCUAUCUGACCGACCUCUCCUCCAAUCCACACUCCGAGGCUUUCAGGACAUGUCGAAGGGUCUACAACAAGCUCCAGCACAUAGUGUUUGGGCUGGGCGACACCGCCAGGCAUGAGAAGAUCAAGGAGAACCCGCUGCCUGUCACAGUCCUGGCAAGUCUGAUCUUGUCCAGCGUUGCCGUCCCCGGCCUGCCUCAUUGGGCUGGCCCUCUCGCCAUCGCGCAGGCCAAGAAACCACAACCCAUUGACGACGUGAUACUGGAUCCCGCGCAGCCCAAAAUAGCCAGGGCGCAAACCGUCUCGGCCGCUCAGGCAAACAGGGCGAGGCGCACCACCAGAGAUGGCGGCCGUGUCACAAGCGCGCCAGACCCGAGGGGUUCUCCCCCGAUUGACUCGCCAGGCACCCCUCGGAAACAAAACCUUCCGCCCUCUCGACCGACUUCAUCUUCUGGCCCGGUCGUGCUUACUCCUGGGCAACCAACAAAGCGGCCGACAAGUCACCUAGACAUGAAGGCCAUAGACGCGAGGCUCAGCACGGCUUCACUCCCUCUGCCUGAAGUGAAAUCACCCCUCCCGCCUAGGCCUCCGACUCCUCUCACAGCCGGUUUACCUCCCCCGGAUAAUUCGCUAUUAACCCGCCGGCAUUCCGAGCGCGUCAAGGGCGUACUGAGCAACACCGACAUGUCGAUGGUCCAGAGGGCAAGGCUCCUGAGACAGAAUUAUUUCCGAUGCCAGACACAGUUUCUGACCGCGCUGGAGGAUAUUUCAAACAGGCUGGUUGUUGUCCCGAAGCCAGCUCGUCUAAGCGCCCUCCGAGCCGAGCUGGCAUUGAUUGCGCAAGACUUGCCGGCCGAGGUGGAUAUUCCUGUCAUAUGUCCGCCGACCUUGACAGAUGGUUCUCCUUCAAGGAGCAAACACCACAGGGUCGUGAGGAUCAACCCGGCAGAGGCAACUGUUCUUAACAGUGCAGAAAAGGUGCCUUACCUGUUGAUGAUUGAGAUCUUACGCGACGACUUCACCUUUGACCCCGAUUCGCAAGACAACCAGAGACUACUGGCAACACUCGUGGCGGAGCAAGGAUCGAGGAGGCGCAUAUUCGACCUAUCCGAGAGACCAAGAAUAUCCACGUCAAAGAUGCCAGGGCCUUCCACCGAAUCCGCUGACAGCGUGUUUGAGCCAUCCUCUGGAGACCUCGGUACGUCACCCGUGCUGAAGCCAAUCGACAGCAAGGCCGCAAAAAUCAGAAAACCAGUACCCCAGCGACUGCCCAGUCUAACGCCAACAGUGUCAACGAGUUCCGAGUUGGUGACGCCCAGGAGUUCAGCCACUUCAACGAGUCGCUCCAGCAGCCCUAGUAGUCGCUCUUUGCGGAGAAUGACCAUUAAUACGAACCCACGGAACGCGUCGGUAGAUCAACCAGACUUUUCUGCUUUGGCAACGCACAUGCGGACUGCCUCCCAGAUGCUGGCUCAGUUGGACGCAACUAGUGGCAAACGACCAAAGCACGAGGUAGCGGCCAUCCGUGCCAAGAUUAUCGCCAGCAUGCAGAGCUUGGAGGAGCAGAAUUUCGAGGUAGAUGAUGGACAUGGACCGACUUUCGAUCAGAUCAUGGCCAAGACCACGGUUCAAAAUGCGGCGGCCAAUCCCGAAGAAGUCGAUGAUGACACGACUCUUGAUCCGGCAUUGAACGCGAGUGCUGGCGUAGAGCGAAUGGAAAACGACUUCAAGACUGGUGGACUUCAAAGGAAAGGGGAUCGGGACGACCCGAGCGCAGCAGUCUUCGGUGAAGCAUGGCAGAUGAAGAAAGAGCGUAUACGACGGUCUUCGCCGUACGGCUGGAUGAAGAACUGGGACUUGAUGAGCGUCAUUGUGAAGACGGGUGCUGAUCUGAGGCAAGAAGCAUUUGCUUGUCAGCUCAUCGAUGUUUGCGACAAGAUCUGGACAGAUGCCAAGAUCGGAGUGUGGGUAAAGGUGAUGCGGAUUCUGGUGACGGGCGAGUCCUCAGGCCUGAUCGAGACCAUCACAAACGGCGUUUCACUGCACUCCAUCAAGCGUAGCUUGACGCUGGCGCAGGCCGAGGCAGGCACGAACCCAAAGAGGCGGAUUGCGACGCUGAAAGACCAUUUUGCCAAAGCGUUUGGCUCACCGGACAGCGAGCCAUACAAGGCCGGCGUUGACGCUUUCAAGAGGUCACUCGCUGCGUACAGCGUUAUUUCAUACAUAUUGCAGCUGAAGGAUCGACACAACGGUAACGUCCUGAUCGACAACGAGGGCCAUAUUGUACACAUCGACUUUGGCUUCAUGCUGUCCAACUCGCCUGGGUCAGUUGGGUUCGAAGCCGCUCCGUUCAAGCUCACCCACGAGUACGUGGAAGUGCUUGGCGGGAUAGGGUCUCCAGAGUGGGACGACUUCAAACGGCUGUGCAAGAAGGCGUUCCAAGCUCUUCGGCGGUCGGCCGACAACAUCGUCGAUCUCGUUGCCAUGAUGGGCCGGGACUCGAAAAUGCCAUGCUACGCCGCCGGUGUCACAACGGUGACAACCAACCUGCGGCAACGCUUCCAGCUACAGCUGAGUGCCGAUGAUGCCGAGCAGUUUGUCGAGACAGACUUGAUCAAUAAGUCUAUCGGGAGCUACUACACUCGACUAUACGACACAUUCCAAUAUCGAACACAGGGUAUAUACUAGAGGGGACAGGCGUCAAAUGAGGACCGAUCGCACGACUAUAGAAGAUGAAGAAAAAAACAUCUGAGCAAUGACAAUAUGUAUGGACACACACGCACCAACUAAUCAUUACCGCAUCACCACAACAGAUCAUUACUCCUGGACUGCAUCUGAAAAGGCGUUGGGACUAUCGAAUCCUUUGGUUCUGUCGAUGUCGAACCUCGAGAAGAGGAGCGAAGAGGGGGCGGAGGAACGAAAAGGGGGAAGAGAUAACCUGGCUGCCUGCCCUCUGUUGACUCAUGCUUCGUUGCUCUCCCCGAGGAGGGGCUGUGGACAAGGGUUCAAGCAGCCUAUGGAUACUCUGCUCUUAUAUAUGUGUAGCGAAGAAGCCCGCCAUGGCAUGACUUCGAGACAUGGUGUCUCACCAUGUCCAAAUCCAAGCGUUGUCACGUUCUCCUUCUCCCUGAUGCUUUUGUGAGACACGACCAGCGAAGACACCGUAUAUAUCAGCUGCCCACAGUAUUGGAGGCGUUUUCCACAGGAACGACUAGAUGCUAUUCCGCAGCGCUUUGGGCUCAUUUCUGGCUUUGCUACUCCACGGCAUCGUGAGACGUAAUUUGGAGAUCCAGGUGAUUCUGACCAUUUGGUGUCACAGUCGUCGAAGUUGUGACGGCGGAAAUGCCACUCGAACGUAAUUGGGUAUUGGGUGGAUUAUCAUAGCUUGUGCGUUCAGUGUGUAAGUAGGUAUCUAAACCCGUCCUCUACCCGCCCGAAUUCCAGCGACCUCGAACUGCGUAUUUGCUUGUUAUCGUAGUAACAAGCUGAAGCCUCAUUUCCCUUCAUGUCAUCAUUCAUAACUGCUGCCUCUCGACCCGCAAAAGCUCUGUAACACAGGAUCGUUGCUCAUGCCGCACGUCUCACCGAGGUGGUAUCGCCGUCAAGACAGGCGUGAUCAUCACGAUCACGCCUGUGUCACCUGCCAGCAGAACUCGCGACUUGUCGUGACCGCGGUACUCCCACAGGCGCUCAUAUACUUAUACAUCACGACAGCCCGUCUGCCAAACUGGAGUUGAGGUUGGCCCGUCGACAUAACGCGGCUUCAUUGCCUGCUGCAGUUCUAAGACACAUGGGGUAUACUAAUCAGGCCAUGGGCCCAGAACGUUGGCGAUCACCGCACGUUGCUGUUCCGGGCCGGAGGCUGCAUGUAAGGCGCCACGCCUUCGCAGAACUGGGGUUGCGAUACGGCGCCCUCACCCUCCCCACGCGAGGCAGACACCUCCUCCGACCCCGCUGCUGCGGCAUGGGCUUUGCGUUGUUGUUGUGCAAACAAGAUCUCAUCGACGUUCACCUAGGACGCCUUCUUCUUGCGGCCGCCCCUGCGCUUCUUGGGCUCGACCUCCUCCUCCGUGUCGCUGCUCUCGGUCUUGGCGGCCUUGGCCUUGGAGCCGUCCUUGUCGUGCUCGACCUUGCUGACAAUGUCGCGCAGGAAGUCCCACUGGUCGUCGGCCUCGACGACGGUCUUGAGCAUGGCGGCAGUGACGCGCUUUGAGUUCUUCUCGCGGGCGACCUCGGCGCUCUUGGUGACGAGCUGGACCAUAAACAGCUCGAGGGCCUUGCCGACCGCGAUGGGGGUCUGCUGGGCGACCUUGCCGACCUCCUCGUCGGCCUGCAUGAUGCGCUUGAUGCGGGCGGUGGGGAACUUGGUCUUCACCGGCGACUCCAUCAUGCCCGCAGCCUCUGCCUCUGCGGCCGCGGCGGCCGCUGCAGCAGCAGAACGUCGGGGUGGCAUGCUUGAGUUCUCUUCCUCUGACUUUAUGGGGUCAGGGGGGAAUUCUGAUUUGACCUGCUGGCUGUGGAAUGAACUUUCGGGAUGAGGAUACGGCUGCACCUCUUGUGGAUAAUGUGGUUGAGGAUAGCCUUGUUGCUGCUGGGGAUUCUGGUAUGCAAGGUGUAGUGGUGGUUGUUGUUGUGGUUGAAGUUGUGGCUGUUGUGGUUGUUGUGGGUAUGAGGGUUGUGGUUGUGGUUGAUAGGCUGGUUGUUGUUGCUGACCAGAGACAGCAGGGUUGGGAGGGAAAUAAAAAGAAGGUUGUUGCUGCUGUUGUGGUGGUUGUGAUUGUGAUUGCGACGGGGACUGUGGUGGCGGGUGAGAUUGUGAGUGGGAGUGGGAAUGAGAAUGAGAUUGAGGUUGAGGUUGUGAGUGAGGAUAAGGAUGGGACUGCAGCUGUUGGUGUUGAUGGUGGGGCGAAAAACGAGGCGAAUAUGCUGCCGUCGAUGCGCUUAUUAGAGGUUGGUAAGAAGAGUAGCUUGAGAAGGCCGGGCCAGUCGGGCUCUGGGCAGACUGGGCAGAAUAUGAAUAAGAACGCGAGUGACUUUGGUCGGCGCCCGGGGUGUGGUACCAGUUGUUCUGGGGCGAGGGGCUGACUGGUGGGGGUUGGUGCUGAUGCUGGUGUGGGAACGGGUUUGCAUCUGGAUGUGCCGUCUGGGCCUGGUCUUCAGGCUGAGCUUGAAAGAACGACGCAAGGUCGGGGCUUUUAGGGGCAUAGGUGCCCUCUUCAGACAUUUCGCUUUCUUUUUUCCUUGGUUGCUUCCUUGGUUGCUUUCUUGCUUCCUUCCUUCCUUCCUCACUCAUGCAUUCAUCCACACACACGCACGCACGAACGCAACGCACACACGCUUUCUCUCCUUCUCUUUGGUCUUUCCUCCUGCUGCUGCGGGUGACAAAAAAACCAAAACGGUGACAAAACUGGAACUGGAAACUGGAACUGCAAACUGGAAACUGGAAACUGGAAACUGGGGACUGGAAACUGGGGACUGGCGACCCUCUCAGGACGAAGAACGCAACAGGGGUAUGUGAGUACAGUACUGAGUCCUGACAGACGGUACAGUACAAAGAAGGCCAGACCCAGGAACCUAACGGGUCUUAUACUUUUUUUGUGGGACCGUUGGAACUCGGCGCUCCUUGCCGUGCCUGGGCGGUGCAGGUAAAUAAAGGUGAGAUGAGUGCCAGCCAAUGCUGCAGCUGCCCAGUGCGGGAGCUGCCCGGUCAGAAACCUUGCUUGCUUGCUGCUCCUGGGUCCUGGGUAACGGCUGCAAGACGGAGGCCACACAGGAGCUCGGGAAGGAGCACCUUGGGCCUUGGGGGGGAGGGAGCUGCAAUGGAGGGGCAAGGUCGACUGGCAGGCUGGCAGGCUGGCAGGGAGUGCGGGUGGGGGCUAAUGCAGAACACAGACUGGGUUGCGAGUGGUGGGUGGGUGUGAGUGGGCUCAGAAACGGACGAGGCCUUUUUCUCCAAAAAAGCCUCCCAGCUCCAACCAAAGCUUCACUUUGCCGUCUCGUCUCGCCUCGCCCCGCAACGUCGUCACAACAACUCCUCUUCUCCUUUCUCACCUCGUCUGCUUUCCACCUCCUUGUGCCCUGUGGUCGUCGCUGAUGCCAACACUCAGAUUGUGGGCCGAGUGCAGCAGAAGUCGUUGCCUGGCGGAGCAGGCAAUUGCACACACUGCUGCUAUUGAUAUUCAGACCUGAGGCCUGAGGCCUGAGGUGGAGCUGGAGCUGGAUCUGGACUGCACGCCUCCGUCUCAGCCUGUGCUCCGUACCCCGGUCCGGACGUGCUGCUCCUGGGGACUAGAACUUUGUGUGUCUCGACUCAAAGCAAGCCCAGUCUCACAGCAGAUGCUGACUGCUGAUGGGUGGCAAAGACUAUGGCUGAGGGUGCAAACACAAAGAUUGCAAAGUCCACCUUCAGCCGCUCCCCCAGGCAACGACUCGCUCGCACCGAUCGCUCGGCCGAGUUCUCGUUGGCCCAGUCGUUUUGCGAGCACCAAAGCUGCAGCCUGGUUGAUGACGCCUCUCGAGAUCUAAAGCUGCCAGGUAGCAACCAUACGAAUCGAGGCUGCCUGUUGGUCUCAGCCGGAUCGGACUAACUCUGCGCAAUGCAGGAUCCGGAUUGAAAUCUGGUCUUGGAUAUGGGUACCCAAGCCGUCGGUACUGGUGAUGUGCACUCUCGGCAGUCGAGCGCGUCCAAGGCAGGUACCGGUACUGGCACCGGGCCUGGUGCUGUUUGGGCAGGGUAUGGAUACGCCAGGAGGCCAGGAGGGCCACUGGGCGAACAAGAAACUGCGCACUGCACGGCGCGUGGUAAACGAAAAUGCUAAAAAAGGGAGGGUGGACUCGGAGCUAGGGCCUUCUUUCGAUGAGGGGCACGGCACGAGUUCCUUUCGUGGGACAUGCUGCCCAUUUUUAUAUGCACGUCGUCCCCGCCCAAGCUCUGCUAGCCCUCCAGCCUCCAGCCUGCAGAAGCAGACGUCCGCGAC